AUGGCUAAUGUAUUUUUAUUUCCGGUAAAAAGGUAUUUAAAUCGGGCUAACCCGCACGUUUGCUUAAUUACAUCCGUUUUCGUAACGAUAUUGUUGCUUUUUUUAAUAACGUUAAGCUUUGCUCAAGCUUCCGCAACGGCAUACAAACCGCUUAAUUUCCGCACCUUUUUUAAAAUAGCGAAAUGCAACGCUUACUUAAAUUUAACAAAAUUAUUUAAUUUAUUUAAUUUAUGCGCUAAAUUAAAAACGAUACCAACGUUUGCAAUUUUUGUGCCGCUUUUAAAGGUUUGCGGAAUAAUACGCUUACCCGCCGUAAUUAAAAAGGGUUAUGUUGCAGGUAAAAGGGAUAGGCACGGUCUUUUUUACGAUAGGAAAUUGGUUGUUAUGUUAAUGGCCCAUUACCGGGAAAAGCAAUUAAAGCUAAGCAAACGGAAAACGCAUUGUUUAAAAAAAGGAAAAAAACUUAAUAAGCCAAAAAGGAUAAGCAAAGGAAAACUCCGGCUAAACCAAGCAAAAGUUUUAGGCCCAAUUGGCUUAUUCGUUAAACGAUUAAAAUUAAUUUUAAUUUCGAUAAAUUCGUUAAUCGCUUUCGUUUUAAAAUUAAAAAAUUUAAAAAAAUGGUAA